AUGUUGAAUCAAUGGUGUUGAGAGAGAGGCAAUAUUGAGUUCAAUGUCACAGCAAUGAUGCAAGACUGAAGAUAGAUUGGGAUGUUAUAAACAUGAUUUAGCCACCUAAAGCAAUGGAUUGGACUGUAACAGAAGUUAAUCAGAAUCUGCAAAAAACUGAAUGGCAUGUUGCAACAAUGAACAGAACUUUCAACACAGCACUUUAUCAUCUUUCAACAAGCUACGAUGAAUUGCCUUUAAAAAUUCGAAUCAAAUAUGUGCUUUGGGUCAUUCAAGCAAUUUACUACCCCAUCCUCGCUAUUGUUGGUCUCACUGUUAACAUUGUAACGAUUGUCAUCCUGUGUCAGGGGAAGUGCGGCCUCUCCAGAGGGAUUACUCGUUACCUGGUGGCCAUGUCAGUGGCAGAUUUACUCGUUAUUAUCCUAGAUCUGAUUUUGAGACACAUUCCAAUUGUUUUUAAGAAACAGUUUAUUUUCCUUAGGUCUGUCCCGUUGUGCAAUGUCCAUGCUGUCCUGCUAUAUACAGCUAUUGAUUGUUCUGUCUGGUUUACUGUCGCUUUCACCUUUGACCGUUUUGUGGUGCUUUGCUGCAGAACGCUGAAAUGUAGAUACUGCACAGCGAGAACAGCAUCUCUAAUUCUCGUAUCAAUGACUGUUUUGAGUGUUUUGAAGAAUAUUUUCUGGUAUUUUAUGUUUACAGGGUUGUAUCGGCUUCAUAAAGAACCCUGGUUUUGUUAUGUGUCAACAGGUGUUCCAUUAUCUUUAGUCUGGUGCUCCGUCGAGUUUGUUCAUUACAUACUGACCCCAAUGAUCCCAUUUGUCCUUAUUCUGCUGCUGAAUGCAUUGACAGCAAAACACAUUUUAAUGAAAACCAAUGUGCGCAAGAGACUUCACACUCAGAGCAAUGUAAGGAAUGUCAGAGACGCAGAGAUGGAAAAUAGAAGAAGAUCCAUAAUUUUACUCUUCCUAAUCUCUGCUAAUUUUAUCCUAUUGUGGUCAACGUUGUUGAUUUCUACAUUAUGGAUGCGGGUGAGGUUAUUGGGGUACGCUGUCUGGCUAAAUCGAUUUUGGCGAGAUCUUGGCUUUAUGCUGCAGCUUCUGAGCUGUUGCACAAAUACUUGUAUUUAUGUUGUGACACAGAAAUUGUUUAGAAAACAUUUGAAGAACAUCCUACUAUACCUAUUUACUUUAAAAUUCCAAGCCAUCCAAUGAUAUAACUGUUCAAAUAUUGAGGAUACAGAGUUUUUUUUCAUUUUAAUUCACAUUUGGCACACUGUCAACUCGAAAUUUUUAUUCUUAAUAAUUCAGUAAAUUUUCAUUAACAUAACCCUUUAGUGGGUGUAAGGCUUGAAACUCAUUGCAGUUGAAGAAAAAAAAUUAAUGCCCAGUCACCUUGUGAUCGGAAUGGAGACAUGCCACACAUGGUUAUCAACGGAAGUAACAGCUGAUGCUGUUCAAAGUAAGUUCGGAAACAAAGCUGGGACUGGCCAUCUUAUUGUGGUCUCUGGACAGAAUUGUUCUCUAAGGCAUUUGAUGAGUAAGAAUCCGUAGAUGCGAUACUAACAUGGAAAUGCUGUUGUGAUCUUUUUGAGUAUCACAGAGGUAAGAGAAUUAUAAUCUAUUGACUAAAAGUUGAAGGAGAAAUUCUGUCACUGAGAAUGAUCGAUUCAUGGGGCAAGAUAAGUUCUUUCUGUACUUGGAAAAGUCUGAGAUGGUAUGUUCAAAUUUUCUUUAACCACAUUAGUUGGUAUUGUGUUUAAUUUACGAUUGGAAGGCCAGGUUCGCAUGACUAACGACAGAGUAUGAAUUGUGUCAAUCCACUUCCUUUUUUGAGCAUUUGUGGAAUGCUUUAUUCUUCAUGAUAUUGUAGGUGAUGUACGGUUCAUUCCCCAUGUUCUAUGGGUUUUGUGAAUGGUGACAAUUCUGGAGCCAAUAGACAUGGCAAUUAUCUGUCAGUCGAAGCCAUUUCCCAUCACACUCAAGCAAUCAGGCUCAAAAUGGAAAGCAUCACCAGACAGCUCGCCAGCUGACAAUCACCAUGAGACACACGAUAACUGCAACUGGAGCAAAAUAGAAGCACACAACAUUCUGCAUCUACCAAAUUGGAAUUUAAGCCACAACUGACCUGUACACUAUGGAAAGAUGUCUAAUCCUUGGUAAUGAUUCACAGUCCCAUGCACUAGUUAACGUUCCUCAAUCGGACAGACAGAAAAAAAUCAGACAGUUUAAAAGGCUCAGGAAAUGGUUACAUAAAGGUACAGCAAGUUUUCAGGGUAGACUAACUUAGCACAUUGAUAACCAUGCACAAACGUUCCACGUCAUUCAAUUUCUGGCAACAAUCGGAGAUGAAAAAAUAGAAGUGAUAAAAAUUACUCCAUAUUGGCACAUGCCAGACAUAAACAUCAGAGUGAGGAAAGCCUAGAAUUGAAGAGUUACAGAAGAAUAUAUUUAGCAUGGACAGUGGAAAAAAAUUCAGUCAGUAAAUGAAGUUUUGACAUGUUGAAAUGUCAAGCAAUCUGUUUCUUAAUCGCGUUUCAAGUGAAACAUGGCUUCGACGCAAUGAAAGACUGGUUAAAUUUAACAAGGGUUCGCCUUUUCUUUCUUAAAACUUCAAUGCCAAGACCUGAUGGGAAACGUCACUGCUGUUCUGCAAUGCCUUACCAAAUACUUUUCGUACUGCAACUGGCAAAUGAGCAGAGUGCAGUUACAAAUGUUGAUUCCAGCCAAAGCUCAUAUUGAGCAAAAUCAGCACGAGUUGCCUUUCCUGCUGUCCUUUUUUUCUGAUUCUUGGUUUCAGAUUCCUGCCAGUUAAACAAGACACAGGGUAUAAAGUGUAAUCCCCACUGUCCAGUGGCAACAACGAUCCUGAUGAAACAACAUUCUGGGGAGAUCAACCUCAAGUGUCACUCUCCUUGCUCACUAAUCCGUUACGAAUGAGAGGACAUUUCCUGACAAAAGCUGCUGUACAGUUCAUAUGGAUAGCAUCUCUGCAGUCGAGCCAGCUAGUCUGAGAGAGAAAAAAAAUUACAAUGAAAAGGGUAGGUCAACUUGCAGACUCAUUGGCUGCCUUGCAUAACACAAAUUGAUUCAAUUGAUGCUGAGGAAAAUCUGAUCCUCCCACCCCAAGCCGCGCCCCAAUUUCCUACCUACUAACCUCAUCGCAACUCCUUGACUUGUCCGUCUUCCCUGGACUGACCUAUCCCCUCCCUACCUCCCCACCUAUACUCUCCUGUCCACCUAUCUUCUUUCCUCUCCAUCUUCGGUCCGCCUCCGCCUCUCUCCCUAUUUAUUCCAGAACCCUCACCCCAUAUGAUGAAGGGUCUAGGCAUGAAAAAUCAGCUUUUGUGCUCCUGAGAUGCUGCUUGGCCUGCUGUGUUCUUCCAGCUUCACACUUCGUUAUCUUGGACUCUCCAGUAUCUGCAGUUCACAUUAUCCCACCACAAAUAUGUCUCCUUGGACAUUUAAUUCCUUCUUGGUGGCUGAAGAAGUCUUGUGGUCAAUAAAUUGUCCACCUUUCUGUCUCACUCCCCUCCCAUUUCAUUAUGCUAAGAUUUCUCUCUUCACUCCGCCUGUACAGGAUGGGCAAAAAUUGAUGGCGAUGUUCCAUAGCUGCAUGGCCCUUCAUCAGGCUUAAAAACAUACCUACACGUAAAGAAGCUGACACAACAAGACUGUUUGUUUUCUGCACUUGUUGUUUGUAACACUGUAUAAGGAGAGUUUUGUUGCAAGAUAUUGGAGUUCAUUCAGCCUUGGAUUGUGAAUGAUUCCAGGAUUGAAACUCAGCCUCAAGAUAAGACAUCAAUCGAGGGGGCCAUGACGGGAAAAUAAAUGCUUUGACGUUAUUGUUUAUCUUUUUG